CAACCGGGUAGCGACAACAAACGGGAGCUACUUCCACGGGCCAAGUUAACAACAACAACAAAUCGCCAAAUUAGGUAAUAAACGCACAAAUACGGUUUGUGUUCGAGAAAUGCAGAUCAUUGCCACGUGUUUAUUUCCAACAGUUUUAAGAACUCACAUAAAAAGUUGUACAGUUCGGCUGUGAGACGCUGGGAUGAAACUACCUUUGCGUUAACUUAGUUAACGUUAGUCAUUCUGAGUAACUAGCUACAUUAACAGCCAUGAGCGAGGUGUGUGUCCGGGUAGCGGUCCGCAUCCGCCCUUUGCUUCCCAAGGAGGUCCUCCACAACCACCAGGUGUGUGUUCGGGUGGUGCCGGGCUCCGCACAAGUAUUGCUGGGUUUGGACAGAGUAUUCUCCUUCGACCACGCCUUUGGACCGACAGACAGCCAAGACGACGUGUAUGAGUCGUGCGUCCAGCCUCUGGUGGAGUCCCUGGUCGACGGCUACAAUGCCACUGUUUUCUGUUAUGGACAAACCGGGUCAGGAAAGACAUACACACUCGGAGGGGGGAACCUGGAUGAAGAUGGAGGAAUUAUUGACCGUGUGGCCCAGGAUGUGUUCUUGUUGCUGGGGGGAAAGAGGAAGAAUAGUGAUGGUUUGGAGGCUACAGUGCGCCUCUCAUAUCUGGAGCUGUACAGGGAAGAACUCCGGGACCUGCUAGAGCUGCACACCAUUCAGAAAGAGCUUCAUAUCAGAGAGGAUGAGAGGGGAAACACUGUGGUGGUGGGAGCCAAAGAGAUCGUUGUCACCUCAGCAGAGGAGCUACUCAGCAUUUUAGAAACAGGCAAUGCCCUACGCCACACCGGCACCACGGGGAUGAACGAGCAUUCCAGUCGCUCUCACGCCAUCCUCACCCUACAGCUCAUCCAAUGUUGUCAAAAUAACAAGUCCGUCCACUCCUCCAAACUCUGUCUGGUUGAUCUAGCAGGCUCAGAGCGUGCUGGAAAAACUGGCAACACUGGGACACGACUCAAAGAGUCUGUUCAUAUCAACACAGGCCUAUUAGCGCUGGGCAAUGUUAUCCGUGCUCUCUCUGACCCUGCACAAAAUCGCCGUGGUAACACCUGCAGCAGUGCGCACAUACCUUAUCGUGAUGCCAAGAUCACCCGUCUCCUCCGUGAUUCGCUGGGAGGUACCGCCCAUACGCUGAUGGUGGCGUGUGUCAGCCCCUCCCUCCACAGUGUAGCUGAAACUCUGAGUGUCCUGCAGUUUGCAUCCAAGGCUCGCCACAUUUGUAACCGUCCUAGGACCGUAUCUACCCAUACAGAGGUUAAAUCAGGUUCUACUAUUUGGGACCCUGGCGAGGCUCGACUAGGGGAGCUGGAGCAUGAAGUACAGACACUUAGAGAGUUACUGAAAGACAAGGAAAAAGAGAUGGAGAUGGAAAAGGAGAGGACAAGAGGAAGAGCUGGAGAAGAGGACAGCUUCAAGCAGUCCAGUCAGAUGAGGGUAUCUGAGCCAGAUAAGGUGAGCCAAGGGGAACCAUCACAGUACCGCCUCCUCGCACAGGAAGCUGCAGCUCUGCUUGCAGAUAUCUCUGGCCUCUCUCCAAGUCUGUCUGUCAAGCAGCGACUGCAGGAUUGGCAGGACAAAUUGACAGCUGCCAAUAGCUCGCAUGAAAUUGAUGAUGGUGACUGUUCAGAAGGGGAUGGAAACCAACUCAUAUUAAAGCUCAGACAAGAACUCAACAAAUCCCAGGAAGCUCUCAAGAUAGAGAACUGUCUUUUGGAGCAGAAAAAUGCAGAACUGAGACAGGUGCAAGAAAAAGUUGACAAACUUCUUCAAGAGAGCAAAAUGCACCUCCAAGCCUUAGAGAAAGAAAAAGAGCGUACCCGUAUACAGAAUGAACAACUGGUGGACCAGCAGAUUCUGAUUGAUCAUCUUCGCAGUGACCUCAUGACCUUUCAGGGUGCAACCUCAAGGGCAGCGGUGGACACAGGGGCUUCUGGGAGCUCAGCCAAGAGGCCUUUUAGCGUCCCUCUGACCAGACACAGCUGUGGCCACGGGCCUCCCAGGAAGAUUCAUUCCAGUCCUCCAGCCUAUUCACUGGAGAGGGUGAUGGCAGCCUUUAGGAUGCGUGGUCAUCUGCUGCUGGCUGAGAUUGAGGAAAAGGAUGAGGUGUACUGUCCCUUCUUAAAACAACAGGCAGAGAGCAAAGACAGAGAUCAAGAGAAUGAGGGGGAUGACGACACUGUGGGCAGAACAGGAUUUAGGCGGUUUUUAAACCGAACAUGGACCAGCCGGCAGAAGAAAUCAGCUCUGAAAGAGAAAAACACAACACUAGACCAAACAUCUAAAGGACAUCCAUCAGUACAACAGCCUGAGCAAACCACAGGGACAAAGGAAAACCAUGCCAAGCAAAGUCAUAUGAGGAAGGUGGGACUAAGAUCCAGUGUUAUUCAGAGAAGGCUCCACGAACUGUCAGUCAACAUGCGCUUGAAAGAGGAGCUCAUCAAAGAGCUUGACAAAACUGACAAGGAGACCCAGGCAGUGAACAGACAUGAUACCCACAGUGGCAGUGAAGCCGGUGUGUUGGCAAGACUUGCCAUGCAGAGCCAGCAGGUUCGCACAGAGGUUUACCGCAGCCUGCAGCACAUGAGACUGCAGAAAGCACAGCUUCAGACCAGCCUCAAGCAGCAGACCAGUGACAGCAAGACAGAGCCUGACCGAAAUGGGGUUAGCUGUGUGAACCGGGAGCAAAGGGCAGGAGGUUUAACUCUAUGCAAAAACAGUCACCAGGACGAGUCAGAGGAAAAGCUGGGCGACAGCGGCUGGCUGGAGGAAGAGGAGGAGCAGAUACUUCAGAAGAGAGCAGAGCUGCAGGAGCUGGAAGAGGAGCUGAGGAGGAGAGAGGAGGUGCUCCUACGCAGGGAGGCCUGUCUGCAACAGAAAAACAAACUGGAGAUCAAGAUGCUGCGCUCCAGUCAGGCUCUGAGUCAGGACCUGUUGCAAGUGUCAAUGCAAUUGGAAUCUGUGGAGGAACAGCUACAGAGCAGUGCCAUUGCAAGGUGGGCUGGAGGAGUCACCACAGAGGAACUGGAGAAGGAGAGAGACACGCUUAAAAAGAGGAGAGACACUCUGGAUGCACAGCUAAAGGAAAACAGAGUGCUAAAUGUGGAGGAGGAGAAUUCCUUGCUCCAGCUGGAAGAAGCUAUUGAAGCUCUGGAUGCAGCUCUGGAGUUUAAAAACCUCUCCAUCCAGGACAAACAAAAGAGGCUGUUAACCACAGACUCCCCUCCAAGUCACUCACAAAGCACCAAUGUCUUCAGCAAGCUGAAGGAACUCUCACCACCUGAGGCUUCAGAGCUCCUCAUCAAAUAUUUCAACAAGGUUGUUUGUCUUCGUGAGGUGGAGCGCCAUUUGCGUUUGCGCUGUAACGAGCUGGAGCUUCAUGCUGGAGAGCAAGAAGUGGUGCUGAGGGAGAUGGAGGUCGCCAUGCAGCGCCUGGCCCUGGAUGCGGACCGCAGGCUCACCCAGCAGCACCGAGAUCACCAGAACAACAUCCAGUUACUGCUGCAGAAAAUUCAAGAAGGUGGUUCAGGAGAAGUACAGCAGGCUAUUCAAGACAGACUGCAGCAUCUGGAGAAAGAGCUAUUUUUCUACAAAAGCUCCACCCGGCAGCUCAAAAAGAAACUCAAGGAGCUUCUUUGUGGUGCCCUACACCCUGACGAUGAGCCUUCACACACACAGGACCACAGGCAACCACACAAUAUGCAGAUACACGCAAGCGGAUACAAACCCCAGAUGCACACUGAAGAGGUACAGACAAAGACACAAAUUGCACCAACAUACACAAAGAUAUAUGAUGAGCAACCAGACCAAAAGAACAAUUCUCACACGGAGAGGCAGGCGCACCAAACACUCCGUCCCUCCUCAUCUGAGCCCCAAAAUGCACACAGUAAGACAAAAUUGCCUGAAUACAGACAGAUCCACACACAGUCUCAGGGGAGGAGUGACAGAGGGGCUGGUCACUGUGGGGAGAAUUUAGAAAUGACACCAGUCCGUUUGUGCCGAAGAGAGCUGAGACAGAUCUCUCCAGCUGAUCUGCAGGUCUCUGGUUCUGCCACAAGGAGGCGACAGUCAGCUGUAGAUACCAGCACAGAGUCAAUACUGGAGGACUCCAUAGAAGUGCACAGAAACCAUGACAGAUGAUGUUCCCUCAUUUGCAGAGCUAUUCAGUAGCUUUACAUACAUCAUAAUACCUAUGCGUUAUAGAAGUAAUGUGUACAGCAGAUUCCAGCUUGGUGGUGGUAAACAAAGGAAAUGUUUGUCAUGAAGAAGCAAAAAAGAUUUAAUGCAAAAAGCAGCACUUUUUUGAUACUAUUUCUGUUGUCAUAAUAUACAGUAGUAGGUUUUACACUUAUCACCAACUCCAUCUACUAGAUUGAUUCUACCACUUUUAUAAAGUCUAUUCAUUUAACAGAUACAAUAAGUUUGGGAAAACAUGCUCAUCAACCUUUUGUUAAUCAAAUAUUCUCUUGUGAAGAGGACUCUUGUUUUUAACUUUUCAUUUUUAGCACUGAUUAGCACUUAAAAUCACCUGCAGAUGCAGUAUAUUUGCUGCGCUACAGCAGUAAUACAAAGCUGGGUAGUGUUUUUAAUUAUUUUGAUAGUUUUUUUCUGUUUGCACUAUACUGUAUGUUUAUUGCUGUGUAAAUUAAUUUUUUUAUAGGGAAUUUUUAUUAUAUGC